AUGACCACCCAAAUCAAUUCCAAAUGGUCUUGUGAUGUCUGCACUUAUGAUAAUUACCAUUCGUCACUGAAAUGUGUCAUGUGUAGAAGACCCAAACUGCAAUUGUCCCAAGCUCAGGACAUAUAUAGUCUUAGAGAUGAACUUCCUGUUGAACCUCAAACUCAACUAAUUGAAGCGUCUGGGGAAAUUGAUAACCGUGAUAAAAUAAUAGAUAGCAAUCUAGUUGAUGCACUUAACGAACAAUUCAACACUGAUUUGAAGAUCAGUGAUAGAGCUAAUUCACCAGAAAAUGAAGAGGCUUCAUCUAGUUUAGAAACACGAGCACUUACCAAAUGGUCUUGUGCUGCUUGUACAUAUCAAAAUUGGCCUAAAAGUUUUAAAUGUAUCAUGUGUGGAACAAGAGGACCUCGUAAAACAUCACCAUCACCCGAUCAUUCAUUAUGUGAACCUCCCACUAUCAUAACAAAACGAGUGAAGUCACCAGAGAAGGACCUAGCAGCAACCAUUAAUACAGAUUCAAAUAUUUGUACAUUAAAAAGAUCUUCGUCAAGACGUCGUUUGGAUGACAUUAAUAGUAACUAUGAUAGAGCUUGGCUCGCUGCUUGUGUAGGCGUAGUUCAAGGUGAUUGGAGUCCUAUUGCAGCUUAUUUACACGCAGGUGGUGAUCCAACCAGGUCAUUGACAUCAACUGAAGUAACAUUACUUAAUAGACCAUCAGCGUUUGAUACUGGACACACAUUAGUUCACCUUGCUGUUAGAUUUCAUCGUGAAGAAAUUUUAUCAAAUCUUUUGAAUGGAAUUAAUGCUACUAGUAGUUCAACAACUGUAAAACGAGUACCUUCUCAUGUUGCCCAUCAACUAGCAGAUGAGAUUGGAAAACAUUUUCUUUCAACAAUACGUGUAAGAAAAUCCCUAAUGCCGUGUCCAUUUGUUACAGAAUUCGCAACAUUUUCCCUACCCUAUGAAAUUGAAGAACUUCCAAGACCAGUUCAAAGGCAACUACUCGAUGAACUGCUUGAUCGCAAUGUUCAACACGAGUUGGAAAUUGAAGAAGUCCCUCCUGUGAUUAAUUGGUCAUCUGAAGUCUGUGAUGGAUUAUGUUCUAGACUAUAUGCAUUAUGGAAUCGUUCAGCUGGUGAUUGUUUACUGGAUUCCUUAAUGCAAUCUACCUGGGGUAUUUUCGAUAAAGACAAUAUACUAAGGAAAGCAUUAGCCGAUUGUUUACAUGAAAGCAACAUGAUGUUUUAUCCAAGAUGGAAAGAAUAUGAAGCAUGGCAAGCAAAACAGUUAGAAUUUUGUUUAGACGAGUAUCAAUGGGCUGAAGAUUGGGCUGCAUUAGUAUCUCAAGCUGAAAGGCCUGGGUCCAGCUUAGCUCAACUUCAUGUAUUUGCAUUAGCUCAUGUACUGCGUCGACCAAUUAUUGUAUAUGCUGUUAAAUAUGUGAAAAAUUAUCGUGGAGACCGUUUAGGUUAUACAAAUUUUGAAGGUGUUUAUUUGCCACUUCUAUGGGAAUCUAGUUUUUGUAUUAAAUCUCCAAUAACCUUAGCUUAUACACGAGGACAUUUUUCUUCACUGGUGCCUGUUGAACCAUUACCUCGGGGAAAGAGUACUACAUACUUGCCACUUGUUGAUCAUGAUCACAAAUUAUUACCAAUACAUUUUGUUACAAAAUCCGAAAUGGGACAUGAAGAGAAUAUUUUAAAACAAUGGUUAGACGUUUGUUUAACAGAAAAUGGUUUGUUAUUAGCUCGACAGCGUUUGCAUAAACGACCAUUGUUGGUUGCUCAAAUGCUUGAGGAAUGGUUAAACUAUUAUAGAAAGCAAGCUCAAAUGACAAUCACGCCAUUUUCACGGCCUAUUUCAAUACAAGACUAUUCAAGUGAAGGAGAAUCUGAACAAGAAUAG